GCAAACAGUUUUAUUUUACACGGGAUAACAGUACCUGUCGCGCGCGUGAUAAGUCUUCAUAAAAUGUAAAAAAGUUUAAAUAAAUUUUCCAUUAAUAUUCAAUUUGUUUUUUCUUGGAAUUUUUCACUUCUGUAUUAUAAUCGCGAUAGUGCCGAUUACUACUAAUUUAAAAUAACUAUUUUUAAAUAAUACGAAAAAUGACUCCGAAUAUCGACAAGCCGACGGGCGUACUUUUUGAAAGUGACACUCUAGAAGAUCAAGUAGAAACGUCGAUCAACAAUAUAAAAGAACAAAUCAAAACUGAUUAUAAUUACAAAGUAGAAAUUGUAUGGAGAAACGUUGUACUUUUUGCGCUAUUGCACAUUUCAGCACUAUAUGGUCUUUACUUAUGUUUUACUUCUGCAAAAUUGGCAACUGUAUUAUUUACUGCUUUUCUGUAUCAAACAAGUGUAUUGGGAAUCACAGCUGGUGUACAUCGACUUUGGGCUCAUCGAUCGUACAAAGCAACCUGGCCACUUAGAUUACUACUAGUCAUGAUGAACACUAUUGCCUUCCAAAAUUCGGUCAUUGAUUGGGCAAGAGAUCAUAGAAUGCAUCAUAAGUAUAGUGAAACUAAUGCUGAUCCCCACAAUGCAAAGAGAGGAUUUUUUUUUGCUCAUAUGGGUUGGCUACUUUGUCGUAAGCAUCCACAACUAAAAGAAAAGGGAAAAGAUAUAGAUCUAAGUGACUUAUACAGCGAUCCCAUUGUGAGGUUCCAGAAAAAUUAUUACCAUAUUUUGAUGCCACUGAUGUGUUUUGUACUACCAACAAUAAUUCCUGUUUAUUUAUGGAAUGAAACUUGGAGUAAUGCUAUCUAUGUCCCAACUCUCUUUCGCUAUGCAUUUGUACUUAAUAUUACAUGGCUGGUUAAUUCUGCUGCCCAUUUGUAUGGUGAUAAACCAUACGACAGAUUCAUCAAUCCUGUUGAGAAUGUAAGUGUAGCUACAUUAGCUCUAGGUGAAGGCUGGCACAACUAUCAUCACACUUUUCCUUGGGAUUACAAAACUGCAGAAUUGGGGGAUUAUUGGCAGAACUUCACUACAGGAUUUAUUGAUUUUUUUGCAAUGAUAGGUUGGGCUUAUGAUCUCAAGACUGUUUCAUUAGAUAUGAUUGAAAAAAGAGUCAACCGAACUGGUGAUCCGACACAUGAUCGUUAUAAAUCAAUACACAACAAAGAGCAAAAAUUAAUGACUGAAUGAAGAUUUUACUGUUUGUAAAUUUGUACUUAUAUUACGAGAAGAGUCGAUAUACAAGAAGAAAAAUGAAGUAUGAUACUCUUUUUUAUGUACAUAGAGUAGAAAAGUAUAUAUAUAUAUUUUAUACAAACAUUUUACCAAAUAAUAAUUUAAUAUCAUUAAAGCUUCAGCAUUAUUUAAUAAUCGUGAAUCAUAUAAAAAGAUGAAGCGUUUAACAUAAGAUUUAUAAAUUAUUAAACAUAGUGACUACAAUAAGUUAUAUACUGUAUUAUACAAUUAAUGUGUAAUUAUAUAUGUUUUGAAUAAUAUAACUACCCAUGUACUUAAUGGUAAA